CGUAAAGGCAGAAUUGCAUGGGAAACAAAUGUCUGACAGUUUUAAAGAUUGCUGCAUUAUUAUGUAAUAGCUGCAUAAAAGAGAGACAAGAUAUAUUCAAGUCAUAGUUCUAUAAAAAAAAAGUCUAAAAUGUUUACGGUGUUCUACUUUUUGCAUUUGGCUAUAGGCAUCCUUAGCAUAAAUGGAUACCAGCAUGUUGUUAAGGUAGCUCCUACUGUUCAAGUCCAAGGAAUGGAGUCUCCACAAUAUCAAACACUCUGUCACUACAUCAAAGCUACGAAUAGUCUGAAUACAACAAAUACAACCGUUGAAUUUCUUCCUGGAAUACAUGAAGUUGAUCAUUGCACCAGUAGCCAGUUAGUGGUGGAACAUGUCAGCAACAUAGUUUGGAAAGGCUCACAAUCAUUAAAGAAGGAAUGGCCAAUGAUAGUGUGUAAUAAUCGGUUUAACUUUAUCUUCAGAAGAGUUGAAAACCUGACGCUAACAGGUCUUACAUUGAGUAAAUGUGGUAAAUACGCUAAACGCAAUCUGCAAGUACCUCUUCAGAAAAGUUUCACUUGUUAUUGGAGUGCCAUACUUUCCAGUUUUAAAUUCAUGGCAGCAAUAUCACUAGUCAGCGUUACUAACCUAAAUCUCCAAAACAUAAACAUUUCUGAAAGCGUAGGGUACGGAUUAUUCGCUCGAAACAUAAUUGGAGAAUCACUAAUAAAUUCCUCUAUCUUUGGAGAGAACAAGGCAACAGCAUUAAAUCAGUUUGCAGGAGGUAAUGCUAUCUUCAUUUUUCUUGAUUCUUCUCAAAUGGUGAUGAAGCAACCUCAUCUCACUAUUCAAAACUCUUUCUUCUACAAUGGAAGUGAUAAUUUUCAAUGUGAGGAGAAGUGUGAAGUCAAUAAAUUUGGUAGGCAAAUCCGUUCAAAUGGCCUAGGAAUAAUUACAAUACAAAAUAACUAUGCUGUAAAAGUAUUUGUACACAAUGUGACAUUCUCUGGAAAUGUUGCAUGGAGAAAUCGUCUUUCAAUACUUAUUAAUGACCACAGCGGUAUUGCCAAUAGCUUCCAGUUCAUUAACUGUAAAUUUAUACAAGACGGAGCCUUAAAGAUAGAGCGAAAUUCUAAAGGAAAUAAUACCAACAUAAAAUCAACGUUAUUGUUCAACGUUGAAAAUUGUAUUUUCUCUGAGGGCUUAUAUACUGGAAUUUAUGUAUUCAUUGAAGACGAAAACCUUUUCCAAGACAUUAUAAUCAGUAACUGCACUUUCAAACACUUCCAUUCAAGAUCAAGAUCAAUAGCGGUGUUGCAGGUAGUACAACUAGGCACAAGCAGCUCUUGUCCACGAAUAAGAAUGAAAAUCAUGAAUUCAAUUUUUUUUAAUAACUCAAUAUGUUCCAACUUUGAGCUUACAACAACACCAUAUAGUGCCAACAAAUGUCCAUCAAUAAUAAUUGAUAAUUGUACUUACGAGAACAAUCACAGUCCAAAUGACUAUUUGAUUUCAUCUGCCAAAUAUAAAUCUUUAUAUGGACAAUCAGAUAUUACUUUUGUAGAAAAGUAUGAGGAAGAAUACAUACUCAAUCGGGGUUUUCUUGACCAAGUGGCAUUUCGGAGUACAUCAUUUAUCAGUAACACGUUGGGCCCCGAGUCAUUCAAAGGAAUAGUUGGUGCAACACAUGUGUUCAUAUCAUUCACUAACUGCUAUUUCGCAAAUUCCAUAGGAACAGCGAUACAAGCAAAUAAUUCUGUAAUCAGUCUUUUUGAAACUAAUCAAUUCAUCAACAAUACUGGCAAAGAAGGUGGAGCACUGUCCCUCUUAGAGUCAAGACUACAUCUUAAUAGCAACUCAACAACUUUCUUUGAUCACAAUAAGGCAAACUAUGGGGGUGUUAUAUUUGCUACUCCACUCUAUUCAUACAUUGCUCUUACGUACAGUACAACACUUCCUCUUUGUACAUUGGGCCUUCCUAGUUACGGAAUAAAUAUCUCAACAGAUUUAAACAUAUUAGUAAAUGUCACCAUAUAUAGUGACACACAAGCAUUAUACACUGGGAAUACUAUAUUCUAUGGAGCCUUUGAGUAUUGCUUACAUGUUUCACUUGCCAAUGAUACAUUUGCCUGGGGUCUCCCAACCUCCAUGGUUCAAACAAACCUACAAGGACUAUUAUUCCCAUCACAAUACAUAUAUUCUGUACCAUCAAACUUAAUUCUAUGUGGUAAAUCUCCUUUUGGAAAUAGAGCAGUAUUGUUAACAUACUCUGGGGCAAACUUUAAUCUCAGCAUAAAAACAGUUGGAAAAAGUUACGGAAACAUUCUUCCAGUUUUAAUACGAGAGAAGCUUUGUGUUGUGUACUUCAACGAUUCUCGAAAAUGCAAAUUAGACUAUUUAAGUGAGUUACGAUAUGGAGCAGGAAAGCAGUUAAUAACAACUGAUUGCAAUAAUAUCACAUACAGUGUUCACGCUCUUCCCAAGAAAAUAUUUUUGGAAAUCGAAAUACAUCAACUAAUUGAAGAAAGUUCUUCCAUAAAUUUUAAAUAUGCUACACCUGUGAUAGUUGAGGUAAAUCUCCUACCAUGUCCUAUUGGAUACGAAAUGUCGAAGGAGAAACCAUAUUCUUGUGUAUGUACCGAAUAUUUGUCGAGUUUUGAAAUUGCGUGCAAUCUUAAUGAGAAUGGGAAAGUAUUAAGACUCCAUCAAAUGUGGAUAGGAUUCCAUUACAGACAUCCAAGCAACAUAAGUGUGCACAACUCGUGUCCAUUCGACUAUUGUGUACCCAAUCAAGGAUACAUUAGUCUCAGUCAGCCUGACGAGCAAUGUGGAAGCCAACGAACAGGUAUUCUUUGUGGAAAUUGCAGUGGUAAUCUGAGCAUUGUCCUAGGAACCUCGAACUGCAAGGAAUGCACUAAUUUGUAUCUGUUUCUGAUCAUACCAUUCGCACUUGCUGGAAUAGCUCUUGUGGUUUUGCUAUUAAAGUGCAACCUUACAGUAGCUAACGGACACAUUAAUGGCAUCAUUUUCUACGCUAACAUUAUUCACAUCAAUAAACCGCUCUUCUUUUCCACAUCGAGUAAUGCUGCUAGUGUAAUAUUCUCCACCUUCAUAGCGUGGCUUAAUCUCGACCUCGGUAUUGAGACUUGUUUCUUUGAGAAAAUGGAUGCUUAUGCAAAAGUAUGGCUACAAUUUGUGUUUCCAGUUUAUCUGUGGACCAUUGUUGGUGCCACUAUUCUCCUCGCUAAAUUCUCAUCACGAGUUAGUCGAUUCAUUGGCAACAACUCUGUUCCUGUACUAGCUACUCUGCUCAUCUUUUCAUACGCCAAACUACUCCGAAACAUAAUUGCUGUAGUGUCUUUUACUUACAUUGAGUUUGAAGAUGGUUCAUCUAUUGCCGUCUGGUUGCAGGAUGGAAGUGUAGAGUAUUUCAGUGCAAAACAUGCAGUGCUUUUUCUAAUGGCAAUGCUCUUCACAAUUGGCUACAUAUUCCCCAUGACAUUGUUUGUAUUCUUUGCUCCCUGCUUACAAGCUUGGUCAAACCACAAAGCUUUCAGGUGGGUGAACAGGUUGAAGCCACUUCUCGAUGCUUACCAAGGACCCUAUACCAACAAGUUUCGGUCCUGGACUGGACUAAUGAUAUUCUUACGACUACUACUGUUCAUUGUGUUUGCAAUGAAUUUCAACAAUGAUGCUUCGAUGAACUUUUUUUGGAUUAACAUUUUGAUUUCACCGUUCACAGUGCUUUGCUUUAUAAAGAGUGUUUACAGGAAAAAAUUUGCUAACUUUCUUGAGGCCUUUUCCCUUCUAAACCUCGUCAUGUUGUGCGCUGUUAGCUGGCUGGUAAGAUCAACUGUUUACAAUAAGCUACACGAGAUUAUACCAGAGGUGACAUACGUCUCCAUCGCCCUAACAUUACUGGCAUUUCUGAGCAUUUUGAUUUACCAAGUCAAACUGAAAGUAUUUCCCCAGAUUCUUAUUAGAAAGAAACCAAACGAUAAUGAGCCAGCUGAGCAAGAAAUUAUUGAGAGAGUACCAGCAAAACCAACGGUUACGUACGUGGAACUGACGGAGUCACUAUUAUAAUUGGCAUGUUGUAACUAUAUUAACACAUUAAUUUUGGAUUCCCUUAUUUUGCAUCAUAAUUUUUGCUUACAUAUAUUAUUUUUGUAUGUGUAUAGCAGUGCAACAAUUUAUGCAAAUUGUACCUGCAUAAUUAUAUACUAAGUUCAAAAGUGAUAUUAAAAUAACGUU